GUGCCUUCGAGCGACUCGACAGGUGCUGCCCCCGCCUGUUUUCAUCCGAAAUAGUCUGCUUGAUUUUCGCAAUGCGAAGUCCGAAUCGAGGGAAAUUUUCAGCGGUUUCAGUAGCGAGUUUUCAGCAGACACGAGCCGAUCUUUCCGUCUCCCACUCGGUCACGUUUUCAAGGGAUGAUAUAUCGGGUGUGCCAAAAAAACUGAUCGGCAUUAGCGUGUCUUGAUCGAUUUUUUUUCGCGAUCCGUUUGUGUCAGUUUUUUCUCCUGUGAAACUUGCGUGAACUUCGCCAAAGGAAUAUACAUCGAGUGGGGUUUUCUAGCGAUUCUUACGCCCAAAACUCGCCCCAACACCACUUCAACACCCCUUCAAACGCCUCAAUCGACUCUGUUUUUCAAACCUACGACUGCUGACUAUGAGAAUUAAUAAAAAAUUCACAUGAACCGCCUCUUGGUCUAUUGAAACUAUACAGAAAGGAGUUAUUUCCACCUUCAAUAUGAUCACUAAUCGAUAAUUCCACUCAGUCACUUUGAGCUAAGAGGAGCCGAGUGGCAGUGGAAAUCGCCGAACUGAGUUGAGAGUAUUUCCAAGAAAAAAAGCGACACAAUGCCAGAGUUCAGUUGGGUUUAAAGCAGUCGGGGGGCUCAUCCAGUGCGAGGAAAAUGUGGAGAAAAUGAAGCUGAGUGUGUCAGCUUAUAGAGCGCACGCAUCUGCGCACAAAAAAAUUCUGGACACUAGCUACAACCAGUACUAUGGCUCUACCAGCGCCUCCCAUCUGCAUCCCAGCUCUUCAGCUGCGGGAACAUCCGGGUUUCAGAUCGACCCUCCUCCGGUGGGAGCCGCUCAGUUAGCAUCGGCGUCAUCAAACAGUGGCGCCCAUGCGGGCGCAUCUUCAGCACCAGGACAUGGGAGUCACCUGAUGGUGGGCGCCGCUGCUGGUGAAGACGUUAGUUCGGAUGAUGCAAACACGCCACUGCAUAGUCCCCGAUCUCACAACACCAGUCGGGAGGAGGAUGACAGUUCGAAUGCAAAUGAGAGCGAUUGCAAGAGUCCCAAUCAAAGGACAAAGUCGAAUCAGCGGUGGAUGAAGCUUAGAACCACUGUGCAAAUCUCUUCGGCAAUAUCAGCAAAAAAGCCUCCACUAAAGCGCGAGGAUUCCUUUCUGAAGCGAUUUUCCACUAGGCAAAUACCGGAGGCACAAGAAACUGUUGAAGAUACCGGUAGCGAAGGCUGUGCAGGUGACAAUAGAUCAGCGCCAAGAAGAAGACGAAAGCGCCUACGACAACCGCGUAGUGUAGUGAAUCCAGACUCAAACUUUUACUUUUAUUGGUUGUUUGUGUUGACGAUUUGUGUGUUGUACAAUAUGUGGACGUUAAUUGUUAGACAGAGUUUUCCUGAAUUUCAGGAAAUGUUUUCUACUUUUUGGCUCACCUGUGAUUGUCUAAGUGACUUGUUUUUUUUAUUAGAUUUGGCUGUACAGUUUAGAACAGGAUAUUUAGAACAAGGUUUAAUGGUAUAUGAUUCUAAAAAAUUGGCCUGUCAUUACCUUCGCUCACGUGCCUUCCUGCUGGAUCUUACGGCGUUAUGUCCAGUGGACUUGCUUCAGUUGAGAUUUGGUACGAACCCCUUAAUGAGGUUUCCUAGAUUUCUUAAAGUAUACAGGGCUGUCAACUAUUACUACAUGGUAGAAUCACGAACGAUCUGGCCAAACUUAUGGCGAGUGGUGAAUCUGAUCCAUAUUCUCCUCAUUCUUGCUCACUGGUUCGGUUGUUUUUACUUUCUUUUAUCGCAAGCGGAAGAUUUCCAGGGCGACUGGGUGUAUCCGUAUCGGCCUGGAGAUUAUGCCACUCUCACACGGAAAUAUCUGGGCUCUCUAUACUGGUCCACAUUAACCCUGACUACCAUCGGCGAUUUACCAACGCCCGAAACAAAUGCAGAAAAGACGGAUUCAGUGGACGGCCCUCGGUCGCUGCCGCGCAGAGGGGUAAAAUCUCGUCUACUGCAGUUCAGCACCAGUAACGGGUAUAUUUUUACAAUAGUUAGCUACUUAAUAGGAGUGUUUAUUUUUGCUACCAUCGUGGGUCAAGUAGGAAAUGUGAUAACCAAUCGAAACGCCAACCGACUGGAAUUCGAACGACUUCUCGAUGGGGCGAAGACUUAUAUGAGGCAUCACAAGGUACCAGGCGGAAUGAAAAGAAGAGUUUUGCGAUGGUACGAUUAUUCCUGGUCCAGAGGCAGGAUACAAGGAGGAGGCGAUAUAAACACAGCCUUAGGUUUGCUGCCAGACAAACUGAAAACCGAACUGGCUCUUCAUGUCAAUUUAACCGUCCUGAAGAAGGUGACGAUUUUUCAAGAGUGCCAACCAGAGUUUCUAAGAGAUUUAGUUUUAAAGAUGAAAGCCUAUAUUUUUACCCCAGGCGACUCCAUAUGCAGAAAAGGCGAAGUGGCACGGGAAAUGUUCAUAAUUGCCGAUGGAAUCCUAGAAGUUAUUAGCGAAACUGGCAAAGUACUGACCACGAUGAAAGCCGGCGAUUUUUUCGGGGAAAUUGGCAUUCUAAAUCUGGAUGGCUUAAACAAGAGAACCGCUGAUGUACGAUCGGUAGGGUAUUCCGAACUCUUCUCCCUUUCUCGGGAAGAUGUGCUCAAUGCCAUGAAGGACUAUCCGGAAGCUCAGGAGAUUCUGCAGGCUUUAGGACGAAAGCGCCUGAUGGAGCUUUUACAGGUUAAAGCUAGCUCGAAACAUCCUCCACAUCAAAAGAGCGACCAUCACCAUCACCAUGGGCAUGACAACAAGGGAAUUGUGGACAAAAUCAAGAGCGAAGCAAAGGGAUUAAAAAAUGCUUUAAGAAAGUCCCGAACUCAUUAUCGCCGUUCAGUCGAGAGUUUGGAGUUGCAGCCACUUCAGCCCCCCGGCUUGGGCCCCAGCAACGGCAACGGCGCCUCCAAGGGCACUUUGAAGAGGAUGUCGAGAGUGAAGUCGCACGACCUGAGCCAGGAACAUCCCGAACCGGAAAAGAGCGAUAGAAAAGACAGCAUUGCUCCUGAGCACGAAAAGCCUUACUCAGUGUCACCUUUGGGUGCGGGGUUGCCACUGUUGCAGCGCCUAAUGCUCCUAAAGGAGAAGCAAGACAACGAGGAAAAAGGCAAAGGCCAUCUACCUCAAUCAUCCCCGCUCAUUUCGCCUCAGUCGAUCACUAUCCGCUCUCCUCCUCCUAUUAUAGAGGAGACCUCCCUCACAGAGCCUAUCGGGGCGGGGUUGCCCCUCCUGCAGCGGAUCCUCAUGCUGAAGGCCAAGGAGGAGACAGCGCCCAAAGCAGCCAAAACCGGCGUUGGGGGACACAAGCCACUGCUGCGGAGCAUAAAAAGCAAAACACCUCCAGUUAGCCAGCCCACAUCUCCGCCGCCAGUUAGUGCGCAGCAUGUGCCAAGAGCAUCGAUUUCUGGUCCUACAAAGAAUGCCUUAGCAGUUGUUCCAGCCAAGUUGCUUAAUAAUAAGAUAUCAUUUAGGGAUAGAAUAAAGUUGCAUACAACCGUCAAGGAAAAAGACACCAGCAUCAAAGACGCGCUUCUUCAGGACAGCGAACCGCCCGCCUUUGCUGAUCUUUUCCACGCAGCAUCAACUGUGCCCAACCCGUCCAGUACGCUAAGCGAUCACCCUGUACAUAGUGGUAGUGAGAAUAUUAGUGGGAAGUCUAGUGAUAGUCGAGUGAAAAGUGACCAGCCGCCCUUGGCCAGCUCGGAGAGUACGGACAGAAAUGCCGCCCAUUGGUCAAAGUUGAAAAGGGCGGCUAUUUCCAAGGACUUGGAGGGACACUUUAAUGGAAGCAGGGAUUUGUCCGAUGCCCCAGCAGCCAAGGAGGCGAAUGGUGUGGUCAAAAGAUCUUCAGGCCUGGUCCUGACCAGGAAGACCAAACAUUACAGAUAUGUCCAUGCGAAACUGCGGGAAGUUUCUUCGCUUCCAGUGGAACCUCACAAAUAUCGAUAUGGAUCAAUAGAUGACUUGUCGCCGGAAUAUGGGCCUUUGCCUUUCGUGAAGAAGCUGAAGAUCCUGAACGAGCGCCAGAAGCUCGAAGAGUUGGAAAUAGCGAUGAAGACACGCAGCUUUUCCUUGGAUAUUCCGGAGGCGCAAAGCGAAACUAGCGAAGGCCUUACCAGAUCGCAGUCAGAGGGAUCGUCAGUGCAUCAACAAAACCAGCGAUCAAACAAACAAUUCCUGUCGGCUCCUUUGACGCAUUCGCCCCUGCAUUCGUCCAACGAAUCGAACGAAACACCCGAACGCAGAAACCUGAAGUCAAUUUUGAAGAAACUAUCGGAAGACUCAAAGGAGAAGGACAAAACGAAGGAGCAGCCACUGGAGGCCACGAAGCCAACCCCGCCCGAACCGAGGCCCCGGAAGAUGGAUUCCAGCGAGUUUAGAAGCUUGAUGAGGGCGCCCACCAUUGAAGGAUACGCGGCAAGGCACAGUAAACUAUCGAAAAGUGUUACGUUCAAUCGCGACACCUUGCAAAGCCCCCCCAAUAGUGCCAACACAGUUCUGGGCACGCCCCAGAGCCUAUUUCCCUUCAUUAAUUCUCCUACUGACAAUGGGCUGGACAUUAAGGAGCGGGAGAAAAUCAAUGAACUGGAGCGUUGCGGCAUUCAACUGGUCCCCAACAAAAUGAACAAUCAGGUGAAGAUUAUAAAAACUUCCUUGGAAGAUGAGCAGCAGUACUUUGCGGACAUUCUGCUGGCAAUCAAGCAGGUGAUGAGCGCCCAUUUGCACGACAUGCAGCAGAAGUUUCAAGACCGUUUCGACCGGUUGGAGGAGGAACUGAGGAGCAAGAACGACAUCAUCCUGCAGCUGAAGGCGCAUAUCUGCGAGCUGGAAGCCAUGACUGAUGACUCGUUUACGGAGUCAGUGGACACAAUCAUCAGCAAAGACCCACAGUCCUGGGAGGAACCGACUCACGAAGAAGAGGAGGAGCUGCAGGAGCUGCCCGAGCCUAUCAAUGCGUGGCCUUCCCGGUCCAACACCAUCGUGCUGAAUAUCGAGUCGACCACAGAUACUGAUUCGGAUAAUGCCGAGGGAGAAACUUCGGAAAACGAUCCAACUGAUUGCGAGUCUGGAGAUGGAGAUGAGUACGAAAAUUCCAGCUCCAACUGGGAAAUUGAGAUGCUGGCCGCCCAAAUGAGGGACCGAAGAGCCGCCAGUUUGGAUCACGGCAUCGACCGGCCCCCAUUGCGCAACAGAUUUUUGCGCGGCUCCAGCAUGGAUGGGAACGAUUGAUAUUUGGCAUUAAGCCAAGCUAGGACCAAACGAACUUUCCACAGGCCAUCCACACCGCAGUACGAUGGAUGGGUUCUGCUUCUCUACGCGAAUCUCAGCUUCAACUAAGUGGAAAUUGCCCAUAAAGCCGUCUGCCAAGAAUGCAAAACUAUCAAUCCAAUCAGGGUUAGUGCGUUUACAGGGCAUGUGAAAGUGUUCCAAUUUGCUGGAAGGAAUUCAAUAAGACAAUUUGUGAUAUCAGAAGUGAAGCUUGGGAUAAUGAAAGCGCUCAAACUCUGCAACAAUGAACACUGAAGGUGCAUCGUCAUUAGUGCCAAAACACUUUAUUCCAGAUUAGUUGACCAAGCAAAAGUACGUUUUUUCGUUGAUGUUUUUUUAACUAGAUGUUCAUAAGAAAAUUCGUAUCUAUCUAUCUAUCCUAACUAUUCUAAAUUCUAAUGACUUUCAAUUUUGUAAUAUACUUACUUAGGAGAUUAAACUGUUGAUUUUCCCAUCGAA